CUCAGAAAAAAGUGCAUGGAAAGCUAAAAUAUGUAAACAUGAAUCAGAGGUUGCUGCAUCAGUGGAGAUCUUACUGCCCAUUUGAGUUGUGAGCAAGAAGCAGAAAGUUCUGCCACUCUUAGUGAGCAAACAUGGUUUUCUUCAAGUGCUCAAACUGCCAUUCAGGCUUCAGAACAGCAAACUAGGCCUUUUGCUGAAAAUGAUUUUAGCCAAGACCAACAAGUAAGUUGUACAGUACUACGUAAUUUCACUGAAAAACAGUCUUCAACAUUUGAUUCUUGUGAUGAAGUAUUUGAACAACAACCAGACAUUUCUCCCCAUUCAGAAGGAACAUUGUUUUAUCCUAAAGGUACUGGUCCUGUUGAAGUGAGUUAUAUUCCAGAAUAUGAUGCUAUAGGUGAAGAGACAAUACAACCAGAAAGUACUGUGAGGCCCUCUUUUACAGAAGAAAUCUCAACAAUACCACUAGUAACAGAUGAAAGCAUCAUCAGUGACAUGCAAGAACCAUCAGUAAAAACAAGCACCACUGUCACAACAAGCAAUAUGCUUCUUUCUGCUGGAGAUGGAGUGCAUGUAGCUUCUUCACAAACUUUCCAACCACAAACUAAAACAGCUUAUGUAGUAACUCAGGAAUUACAACAGAAAACAUUACCUUUAGAACACACAGUCUCAGAGUCUGAAUCUUCUAAGAGAGAUGUACAUUAUAUUCAAGAAAUUCAGACAUCUCAGGAGAUCCAAAAAUUGCAAGAAUUUCAAGAACAAGAGUAUGUUCCAGAGUCUGAAGUAUGUGAGGAAGAAGAAACGAGAGUAAAACUACACAAAUUUCAAUAUGAUAAUCAGCUUGAAAUAAACAAUAGAAAUAAAAAGCUAGAUUCGGAAUUCUCAGAAGCAUUGUAUCUGUCAGAUAAAGAAGAUGACAUAUUAGAAGAUCACAUAGACUCAGAAAUAAAGACUGUUCUUAAUGGUUUAUCACAAUUUGAGCAAAAAAUAGACUUGGAAAAGAUGGAACUCCUAGUGUCACCUGAACCGCUUGACUCUGCAUCUUUGGGAGAAGAUAUUAGAUACCUCCCAGAGAGUGACCAAAAUUCAAUAUAUCUUCAGCAAAACAUCACAUCAAAUGUUCCUACUACACAGAAUGAUAGCAUUGGAUAUACUUCUGUUUUCUCAACCUCAAACUUUUCAGUUAUUGAAAGCAAGGCAGAAUCAACCCUUACAAAUCAACAACAAAUCAUGCCUUGUGAGAGCUGUUUCAGUCAAUUUCAAACAAGCUCUUGCACCAGUGAACCAUUUGAAAUGAUAGAUGAAAAAGAUACCUCUAUUAUUAAACCUAAGAAAAAUUUUUAUGGUACAAUUACUGAAAAGGAUAUUAAAACAGUUUCUUCUAUAGAGAAACCCUUCUUUAAUGAAAUACACCAAGGAGAAACUAUGGAAAUAGCUCAGAAAGCUUAUGGACAGCAGUCAGUAAUAGAAUUGAGUAAAAGCAUUGAUGAUGAAUUCUCGAUUCAGGGUGACCAAAGUGAUGAAUCAAUUUCAUCUUUACAAGAGUUUGAGAAACUGGAGUUAGCUAUUUCAAAACAGCAAAAACCUUGUCCAGAAUCCAUUGAUUCACUACUUUGUAAAACAAUUCUAAAUUCAAUAGAAGUAAAUGACAUCCCCAGUUUUCAAACUGAAUGUGAACAACCAGAAAAAGAAUGUGCAGAGGCUGAGUAUUCAAUUGUCAAAGAAGGCUCUUUAAAGUUUUCAGAUGAUGGAUUUGACAGUCAAGAGAGAGUAGAAUAUGCAGAUUCAAGUGAUUCAGAGGAAUAUGAAAAAAGAAUAAGUGAUAUUGCUAACAUCAUUUGGCAAGCUCAGACAAAUAUAGAACAAGUUUAUUCUGAUCAUGACCAAUCACUUUCAGAACCUUCUGGUUUUGAUUUCAGGAUGCUUCAUUAUAAUAAGACAGGGUCAAGUGCAAGUACUGAAAGUAGCCUUAUGGAGAGAACACCAUCUCGAAAAGGUGAUAAUGAUGCUGAUUCUUUAGAUGGAAAUGAGCGAUAUAAUGGGCAGUUAGCCUUCAAAGUUGGCACAACAGGAAUAAUGAAACAAGCUCUUGCACAUGAAAAAGUAGCUCAUUCAGUUGUUUUACCUCAUGACAUUGUAGAUGGGAUAACUGUAAAUAAUAACUCAGCUGAAAAAUGUAUUUCCCAUCUACAGACUUUACCCUAUACUUCAAGUCAUUGUGAUUCAGAUUCCUUUAAAGAAAUUGAGGCAGAUCUGGAAAAAGUAAAACUUGGUAAUGAUCAUAAACCUUAUAUUUUCAUAGGUCAAGGAAAUGAAAAACAUGUAGAUCUAGAUGAAGAUAAAGAUUCUUUGAAUGAUGAAUCUGAUUAUUCCAUACAAGAAGAUUCACUUCAUGAAAAAAUGGAUGUUCAUGCUGAAGAAGAUUCCUUACAUGAUGAUAAUUCUGCAGAUGUGGACUCAUUAGCUGAAGAAAAUGCUGAUAAAGACUCACUGCUAGAAGAAAAAGAUGUGGACCAAGACUCUCUCCAUGAAGAAAUGGAACUACCAGAUGAUUAUGAAGAUAUUUUGAUAGAUACUAAUAAAAGUUCCAAAGAAAUAGACAAUAAAAUUUCUUGGUCUCAGAAACAUCCAUCUGAAGAGGAGUAUGACAAAGACUCUUUGAAAGAUGAGUUUAUCAUUGGACAAGACAUAAACUCAAAUGGUAAAGAUAUUCAGGGUAUUAGAGACUGUAUGAUAUCAAGUACGGAUUCCCUUGAACCUAGCAACUACUAUGCUACUCAUGCCAAUUACGAGUGUAAAACUAAAUCAGCAAUGUCUUCUUCAAAUGUGAAUAAGUUUCUUUUUUCAGGAGAGGAAUCAACAAUGUUAAAUAGAAGUGAUAGUUCAGUGCCAGAAGUGGCUCUUUCUUACUUAGUAGGAAACAUACCUGGAAUCACAAAGACUUGUCAACUUUCAAAUAAAGAGCAGGUAGAAAUUUUUCACAAAGAAGACCAAUUCCAAAUAGUCUCUCAGAGCUUGUCACAACCCGUUCAGUUAAUUAGUUGCUUUAGUGAAGAAAAUGAUGAGCAUUGCAUGGAUCUUGACACACCACAAACACUUAAAACAAAUGCUGAUUUUUUCAGUACUGGCAAACUGUUAGAAACCAAAGAAGAAAUUGAAACUGUAGAUGAAAAGGGAAAUUCAUUAGUAAUUUGUGGUGUUAAAAGAAAUCUUCAGUAUGAGCCACAGAAAAUUAGCAUAGAACAAGAAGAUAAUGUUGAAGAAAGGUUCAAAAGUUUCCUAAAAAAACAAACUCUUAAAGUAGAGGAAGAAAACAAAAGAAUUGAAGAGAAUCAGAUAGUGGAUGAAAAAGAAAAUGUAAUGAUUACAAGGAUAAGGAAAACACAUUUGAAAUCUAAGCCUCAAAUUCAUAAAAAGAUUUGUGAAAGCUCAAAUGCUGAAGAGAAGACUAAAGAGUUUUUCGAAAAUUUUGACUCAUUGCAGCAUGCUACUGAAGAUGAAAAUUACAGUGAAAAAAUUGAUGAAGAAGGAAAUGUGGUAUGUGCAACACAGAAAUUUGUAAAACCAGAUAUUCAUACAAUUACUUUAUCAGAUCUAGAUGCUCAUAAACAAAUGGAAGAUUUCACAAAAACAUGGAGUGAAAGCCAUGAUGAUGAACUGAUGACAAAAAUUUCACAUGGUGAGAGACUUCAGAUUCAUACACGUGUUAUAGCUCAUGAUUCAUCUGGUGAUGAUGUUUGCUCAACAGAAAUGGAAUCCUACCCAACCCAACCUUCACAGUCAACCCCUACUUUAUCUAACAUUCAAUCCACCUUCCCUCUUUACAAUGUGCUUGAACUUGGUGACUCAUCUUUCCAGUAUGUUCAGGAAUGGACAUCAGAAGGAGAACAAGAAAGGCAACAAGAUAUUAAACAUGACAGUAGUGGUGGUCUCUGGACUGCACAAAGCACCACAGGGACCAGGUCUCUAACCACACACAUGAUCACCACUACAGAAGCUAAUUGCCAGCAGUACACUGUGACUGACACUUCUUUACAACAUGGUGAUAGGGAUGAACAGGAAUAUAAUAAUUCUACACAGGAGAUUCUAAACCAGUUUAUGACUGAUGAUGGCAAUCAAUAGAAUUUGAUCCAGUCAAACCAUAACUUCUUGUAAAUGCUAUAUUGUUAACUCAUCAGUAAAUUUCUAUCCUCAUUCUGUUGAGUGCUUUUUUCUUUUAAUUGUUGAAUUUAAAAUGUUUUAUUUGAAGUUGCACUUUUAUAAAACCCUUCUGUACAAUAUAAAACAAUUAUUGCCUUUGCUAAAAUGUGCAAUUAGUGUGAAUAAAGUAGUAGUCAUUGGUACAUUAACAUUACAGCUUUGCUAUGGCAUACCAGUAUACAUGUUAUCACUUUUCUCUGUUUGCAUCAUUAGCUUACUUUGGAUAAAAGACUGUAGAAAAAAAAAGAAGAAAUAAAAAUCAUGUAUUAAAGCAUUUUCUCACA